AUGGACCUAGAAUCCAUCAAAGCCGCUGCCAAAACUGCCGCAGCAGGCAUGUUGCAAUACUAUACAGGUAACCGUCCCGGCGAUGUACCAGGAAACAUCCCCGACCCAUAUUACUGGUGGGAAGCUGGGGCGAUGUUUGGCGCAAUGGUCGAAUACUGGUACUACACUGGCGAUGGCAAGUGGAACGAGAUCACCACCCAAGCUCUACUCCACCAAGUAGGCGACGACAAUAAUUACAUGCCGCAAAACCAGACGCUGUCGCUCGGAAAUGAUGACCAGAUCUUCUGGGGCUUUGCAGCCAUGUCGGCUGCCGAGCUCAAAUAUCCCGAUCCCCCGAAAGGCCAGCCGCAAUGGCUAUCGCUUGUGCAGAAUGUGUUCAACUCGCAGGCUACGCGCUGGGAUAAUAGCGCUUGUGGUGGCGGCUUGCAUUGGCAGGCCUUUGAGUAUAAUAAAGGCUGGUCGUAUAAGAAUACUAUUGCCAAUGGUGGGCUCUUCAACGUCGCUGCCCGAUUGGCUCGGUAUACUGGGAACAAUACCUUCACCGAUUGGGCCAACAAAAUCUGGGAUUGGACAGCUGCGGUGGGAUUUAUUGGCGAGGAGUAUCAUAUUUUUGAUGGUGCCGAUAUCUCGACCAAUUGUUCCGUCAUCAAUCAUGAGCAACAUGCAUAUCUGCCUGCGGUAUAUCUUCAUGGGGCUGCUAAUAUGUAUAAUAUUACAGACGGGUCUGAUGUCUGGAGGGAACGGAUAGAAGGCAUUAUCAGCGCCCUUGGAACAUUCUUCCCCAACAACCAGGAUAUAAUGGCCCAACCCUGUGAAACAGUGAAAUGCGACCUCAACUCACGGUCGUUCAAAGCCUAUCUGGCACGAUUCAUGGGGGCGACAAUUCCAUUGGCGCCAUUCACUGACGAGCUAUUGCGGUCGAAAAUCCAAACGUCAGCAUUAGCUGCCGCAGAGCAAUGCAAUGGGCCCGAUAAUGCCUGCGGGCUGAUCUGGACCGAUCACACGAAUUACAAGAGCACCACUGGGAUCGGCGAGCAGAUGGCAGCUUUAGAGAUCUUCAAAGCUAACUUGGUGCAUAGGGUUAAACCGCCUGUCACAGAGAAGACUGGAGGGACAAGUAAGGGAAACAAAGGCACUGGUGAGGACGAUGGGUUGGAAAAUACAGAACAAAAUGAUGUUCGAACUCGGACGAUUGGAAGUGGUGAGAAAGCUGGUGCUGGUAUCCUUACCAUGCUGGGAGUUUUGAUCCCUAUCGGUGCCGCUGUAUUCAUGUUCAAGGUUAUAUAG